CUCUUGAUAAGUAUAAAAGGAUAUUAGUACCUCCAACUAUCUCCAAUAAACUCCUCUUCCUCGAGUUAGCUUUGGCAACGACAUAAAUAGAUCGCGGCUCCGCUGAUCACGGUCACGUGACAGCCCCAUUCUGGAUCGGUCCCUGAAUCCAGCAGCUCGUUACGGAGUAGUUGUUCAGUUAUGCCCAUCCAGCUCUCUUCUCCCUGUCUCAUGCCCCUCCGUGGCCCCAUGCAUUGUCCAGGAUAUCUGUGAUAUCUGGUGCAGAUGUCUAUAAUCCGAUACAUAUCGUGAUUCUUGUUCUAUAGUUAUACCUGCUCGAAAAGCUGCCUGCACUCGAGAGCAUGCGGCCUCGCUCUUUCUAACCACAUCCACGCCCGCGCUCCGGAGAAUGAGCUAAAUUUCCAAGGCGCGGAGUUGAAACACCACACCCUCGUUCAGCGGCUUCCUGUCCUCAGCGAUCAUGAGUUACGCAUAUAUGCAUGGGGCCGGCGGCUUGUCGUACAAUCGCGAGCCAACCCUCAAAGACGAUUUUCCAAUACUGGCGACAUUGGAUCGCGUGCGCGAUCCCCAGUUAUGGAUCGGGCUGCGGAAUCGUGCUCUUUCAUACGUCUAUAGAGUUGACGGCGAUGUACGAAGACGCGGGGGGUAUACGCAUGAAGCAUGGAGGAUCGCGAAGCAAGCGAUUAAUCUAAGGAAUGGACUAAUACUUCUAUGGGCGUUCACGCUGUUAUGGGGAGAGCGGACGAUAUUUCGGGAAAGUUUGGAGAGUUGCGCCUGGGGAGGAUGGGAGAAAUGGCCUCAAGACGCCACGCCGCAUCAUGUCGCUUUCAUCGCCGAUCCCCAGCUGGUAGAUCCCCAUACCUAUCCUGGUCGACCGUGGCCACUGUCGACGUUGACGGUGAAAUAUACCGAUCAGUAUUUGAGACGAGUAUAUUGGGCAAUGCAGAAGACGCUCCUUCCAGACUCUGUGGUUUUCUUGGGGGAUCUCUUCGACGGCGGUAGAGAGUGGGCGACGAGGACUAGCUCCAGUCCGGAUGAGAGAUACAAGGGCUAUGGGGAUAAAUUUUGGUUGAAGGAGUACGAUCGUUUCGGGAGGAUUUUCUUUGAUCAUUUCAAUGACGGUGGCUCUCGUACUGUAGCGAACCCCUGGGGUCGCAAAUUGAUUGCCAGCAUGCCAGGAAAUCAUGACUUGGGGUUCGGGACAGGUAUCCAAGACCCCGUCCGGAAACGGUUUCAGGCAUACUUUGGUGAGGGGAACCGUGUUGACGUGAUUGGAAACCAUAGCUUUGUUUCUGUCAACACAGUCUCUCUAAGUGCUAUGGAUCAGCCGGAUCCAGAGACCGGCAGUUCGGGUGCAGGGGCUGGCGAUGGUGUCAGUCCCAAUUCCUUUAUCUGGAGAGAUACACAAGAUUUCUUGGAUAAUGUUCAGGAGUACAAAGCCCGCAGAGAGGCUGAUGAGUUGCGUUCGUGGAAGAAUCAGCUAGAGGGCGUCCUUUUCACACCAGGAGUACACGAUGUCCUCGAGCCUACUGUACACGAGAAGGAUCCGGUCGAAGCACCCGGAUUCCCGACUAUCCUUUUGACCCACGUUCCUUUAUAUCGAAGACCAGCUACUCCGUGUGGACCGCUGCGGGAAAGAUAUCCUCCAGUCUCGACGGAUCCACUUCCCCAGGAAGAUGAGGGAAACUCCAUCAAGGUCGCAGGAGGCUACCAGUAUCAGAACGUCCUCACAGAAACUAUCUCGAAAGAUCUUAUCUCCAAGGUUGGUCCUGGAAUUGCACAUAUCUACUCUGGUGAUGACCACGACUACUGUGAAAUUGCCCACCGCGAGUUCAGCGGCUCCCCGAAGGAGAUCACCGUGAAGAGUCUCUCGUGGGCAAUGGGUGUCCGUCGACCGGGAUUCCUGAUGACGAGCCUCUGGAAUCCGGUUGAUCCUGACACUGGAAAACCGCCUGGCACGGGGUCGUCACAGACAGUGCAGAACCAUCUGUGCCUUUUGCCUGAUCAACUAGGCAUCUUCAUCCGCUAUGGAUGUCUGUUGGCUUUUACUCUCAUCGUUCUCAUUGCGCGUUCUGUUACGGUUUCUUUCUAUGCGCCUGCUGCCUCCACUGGACUGGAGCCGAGCCUCCCACUGUCCGAACCUCGACGGUAUGAACAAGCGCCUUCCAAGUACCCAUACUCGAGCACUUCCAGCUCUGCCACUUCUUCCCCCGGCUAUACUGACGCCCGCCUCUCCAGCCGUGGUAGCGUGAGCCUCAUCCAAUAUGCCAAGAACGCGCACGAUGACGACAUCAGCAGCAGCAACGAGCGCUACCGGGCAUGGACAGAGAACGGUGAUGAUGUGCGAUGGAAGAGCAAAGCCUCUACCUUCGCUCGUCAACAGCAGCAGCCGCGGACGAUCAUUGGGGAAUUCAUUGCAUCUGUUAAAUAUGUUGCGCGCGUUGUUCUGGCGUUUUAUUUUUAUCUGAUCUGGACAUGGUAAAAUUGCUAUUGUUGCAGGGUUUCAUCUGUGGUUGCUCUUGCCUCGUUAGCCAUAACGCAGUCUCUCUUUGCAUAGUGGUUUGCUGUACAUUAUUAUAUCACAGGAUGCAUGGGAGAAACAGAGCUCAGGGUAUUGCAUUUGGUUAGCAUAUUGCUGAGAGAAGCAGGUGUUCUACAUGCUGAUGUAUUCUAGUAGUGUCUCCCUGGAGGAGAUACAAUCGAUCACCUAACAUGGCUAUCUAUAACCGGACUCCCGCGUUAGAACGCGACUAUGAUUCCAGAAAUCCUUUCAUUGUAUGGUCUACCUCUCAUUUGUUGAUUACAGGCUAUAGCAAAUCCUCCACCAUCAUAUCUAUUCCACUCCUCGUCCCCACGUGACGUUUGCAGAAAGAUAGGGAAGUCAGUGUAUACUAUAUAGUGCAUAGAUAUGGCUUCAACGGAGUGAAACAGCUUUGGAGCCGGAUAUAGUAGGC